CCCCGCGGCUCCGGUUCCCAGUCUGCACCCACCCGCCGCGACUCAGAGCAUUUCAGGCCGGGUAGAGCAUUUCAGGCCGGGUAGAGCAUUUCAGGCCGGGUAGGUGAGGGCAUGGGCCCCCCGCCCCUCCUCCUGCUGCUCUUGGGGCCCCUUUGCCUGACGGAGACCUGGGCAGGCUCCCACUCCCUGAGGAUUUUCUCCACCGCGAUGUCCCGGCCCGGCCUCGGGGAGCCCCUCUUCAUCUCGGUGGGCUACGUGGACGACACGCAGUUCGUGCGGUUCGACAGCGACUCCCCGGGCCAGAGGAUGGAGCCGCGGGCGCCCUGGGCGGAGCGGGAGGGGCCGGGGUACUGGGAGGAGGAGACUCGGACUUCGAGAGGCAACGUGCAGACGUUCCGCCUGAACCUGAACAACCUGCGCCGCUACUACAACCAGAGCGCGGCCGGCUCUCACACCAUCCAGAGGAUGUCUGGCUGCGACGUGGGGUCCGAUGGGCGCCUCCUCCGCGGGUACUAUCAGUUCGCCUACGAUGGCGCCGAUUACCUGGCCCUGAACGGGGACCUGCGCUCCUGGACCGCGGCGGACACGGCCGCUCAUAAAUCCCGGAGCAAGUUGGAGGCGGCAGGAGAGGCGGAUCACCUGAGGAACUACCUGGAGGGGGAGUGCGUGGAGUGGCUGCUUAGACACCUGGAGAUCGGGAAGGAGACGCUGCAGCGCUCAGAUCCCCCAAAGACACACGUGACCCACCAUCCCACCUCUGAACGUGAGGUCAUCCUGAGGUGCUGGGCCCUGGGCUUCUACCCUGCGGACAUCACCCUGACCUGGCAGCGAGAUGGGGAGGACCUGACACAGGACACAGAGCUGGUGGAGACCAGGCCUGGGGGAGAUGGAACCUUCCAGAAGUGGGCAGCUGUGGUGGUGCCUUCUGGAGAAGAGCAGAGAUACACGUGCCAUGUGCAGCAUGUGGGACUGCAGAAGGCCCGAGUCCUGACUUGGGUGCACCCUCCUCAGUUCUCCAUCCCCACCGUGGGCAUCAUUGCUGCCCUGGUUCUCCUUGGAUCUGUGCUCAGUGGAGCUGUGGUGGCUGCAGCUGUGAUGUGGAGGAGGAAGUACUCAGGUGGAAAAGGAGGAAGCUACACUCAGGCUGCAGGCAGUGACAGUAGCCAGGGCUCUGAUGUGUCUCUCACAGCUGCUAAAGUGUGAGACAACUGCCUUGUGGAAACAGUGAUGCAAGGUUUUUUCUCUCCCCCACAGUGGUCUUUGGCUGCAAAGGGCAUCCUCAUGUGUCUGUGUUCCUAUUAGCGUAAUGUGAGGUGUAGAAAGACUGGCCCAGCCCUGCCCACCAGGCCCCUCCCCACAGUGACCUGGUCCUCACCCUUUGUACUCUGUCUAUAUAUUAUUUUGGUUUUUAUUUUUAUGCCUGUUCAUUUGCAAAUGUACAGACCAGGUCUCAUGUCCUCUGGGUUUCCCUGUCUCUGACGCCAGCAGGAGGCAUCUGUCAUUGUCCCCACAAGGCCCAGGGAAAUCUCUGCACAGGAUUGUCUGGUGCUAGAGAUUGAUUUCCAGACUCAUCCAGUUUUUAGUCUCAUUUUAGGACUCUGUUCUGGAUGAUUACUUCCAUUUUUUUCCCACAUCUGUUAUAAAGAACUAAAUUCUAGUUUCAGGUGGAUUAGGUAAUGUGCGGCAGGCUGCGCUACCCAUGCUGCCUCUUGACAAGGUCCAAGCAUUGGGGGAGACUCCCAAAGAAGAGGGGAGUUCCUGCACUUCCCAGAAUAUCUGAACUAGGGAGUCUCCAUGGCAACGCCUGCGAAUGCUCUCCUGUUUGUUCUUGGUUAAUGCAGAAGUAAGUUAUAAAUUGGCUUGUGAAAACCUAAUUCGGACCUAGACGCUAAUUGGUUUAUUGUUCUUACCCUUGAAUCAUUAUCAAAGGAAAGCAAAAAAUGCUAAAGGUAUAGACAGGAGAGAGAUGUUUUGGCACUGAGAACUAUGCAGAACAAGCUGCCCUGAACCAGCUGUGCUUGGAAACCGUAGCUUAACACAGGAGGUACGUGCUUGUGGCAGCAGUACAUUUCCUGGUGUGUGCAAAAGGUCGAUAGUUUGCAGGCUGUGUGGAGGUUAGGUAUUUCUAGUUAAGAGUUAGACUUCAGUAGAACUAACAUAGAUUUGAGGAGUUGCUUUAGGCCACUUUGAAGUAAUUAAUAAAUUAGCCAAGUUAAUCGAGUGCUAAGGAGAUAGAUUGAUUUCAGUAAUAAAAUAUAGAAUAGGACUUUCACGCCCACUCCGAAACUAGGAAAGUUUAAUAGAAUGAUUGUUACCAAAUGUUGUGCUGCCUUAAAUAAUUGAUCAUGUUAGAAAAUGAGCUGUACCUAGGAAACUAAUUGUCCCUGAUGUUUUUUUAAGGUAACCAAAGAAAUACCCUUUUGAUAUGAGACCAAGGGAGUCUCUAUAUGUUCAUGAGAAAAUAUGUAAUGAUUGUCUUUGUUCUGCUUUGAUGCUUUCGUUGAUGUAAUCUCACCACUCACCUUACUGUAUAAAUAAGACCCUCAGCAGGCGAUACUUGCACCAGAGAGAGAGUCUGUGUCUACCUCACUCCACUUCCCCUCAGCCCCCCAAGUUUUCGCCGACAUUGUUCUCUCCUUUCUGGGACCCCUGACAUGACAUUCUGCUGGAGCGGGCUUCCAGCAGUGAAGUUUCAUCUUAAAUAAUGUCUUGGAGGCCUCACUGGUGGCGCAAGGGGUUAAGACACGGCGCAAGGGUUUAAGACACAGCGCAAGGGGUUAAGACACUGCGCAAGUACAGUUCCCAGCCAGGGAGCUACCCACAUGGCACGGCAGACCUCUCCUGUCUUGCCCACUGCUCCCCUCAGCAUUGAAUUUCAGCCAGUCUGCAUGUUCCCCACUCUGGUGAAUCCUCUCACCCCCAACACCUCUGACUUGUACCCCAGUUCUUGUAUGCAUAAAUACAUCUUAAAAAAAUUAAAGAAAUAUGGGCCUCCCUGGUGGCAAAAGGGGUUAAUUAAGACUUCAACCCAUGAAACUAUCUGAAGUCUCUGCAGCACCAGUAUGAUCCUUGGCCUGUGAGCUGACCCAGGUGCAGCAGAUCUCUCCUGGACUAGCUAGCUGCUCCCCUCAGCAGUGUAUUUCAAUCAGUCUGCCUGCUCUGUUCCUUUCUCUGUCUCUGGUGAAUCCUCUCACCCCCACACCUCUGGCCCCACACCCCCACACCUACCCCAGUUCUUAAA